UUGGCCUCAUGCUUUCUCCAAUCUAGGCUCCAGACAGGUAUGCGGGGUGCUUUUGGAAAGCCCCAGGGCACAGUGGCCAGGGUCCACAUUGGCCAAGUCAUCAUGUCCAUCCGUACCAAGUUGCAGAACAAGGAGCAUGUGAUAGAGGCCCUGCGUAGGGCCAAGUUCAAGUUCCCUGGCCGCCAGAAGAUCCACAUUUCCAAGAAGUGGGGCUUUACUAAGUUUAAUGCGGAUGAGUUUGAAGACAUGGUGGCUGAAAAGUGGCUCAUCCCAGAUGGUUGUGGGGUCAAAUACAUCCCUAAUCGUGGCCCCUUGGACAAAUGGCGGGCUCUGCACUCAUGAGAGCCUCAGCAGUGCCCUCCCUGUUCAUGCCCACCAAUAAAUCCUGCUUUCUGUC